AUGUGUACAAAUAAGAAUAAAGACGCUUGUUACACUAGCUGUUUACAGAAACCACUUUUACUAAGCUUAGUAGAUGAAAAGCGAAUGGCUGUUCUGAGCACCAAAGCAAGAUUGAUGAUGCAAUUAGUAAGUGAUCCAGAAAAUUUUAAAAAUCACACUCAAACUAACCAAAAUGUUAGUCCUAAUUAUAAGAAAAAAUCUCACAGCAGUCCUAUUCCAACUCCCGCCGUAGCCACUUAUCCUUCCUUAGUUGAAAAUAUACGCUGGAAUCCAUAUAUAGAUACUUGUUCCGAAGACUCCCAAUUUGACAACCGAGCAGAAGACGUUAGUUAUAUAUGUGACCUAUGUAAGAAUGAAUAUUGUCAUGCACAAGAUUAUUUAGCUGAUAAUAAAAAAUCUUUUGCUUUUAAGGACAAUAUUAUGAGAUUUUCCGAUAAUAGCACUAUGACGUGGAUGUUAAAUGACAUAGGUUGCGGUGUACGCACUCCUAUAGCUCCCACGCCUAAUACUUCCAAAGUAUCUAUAUCAACAUCAAACAUUGCUGUGAGAGAUCAGUCCAUGACCUCAGUAUCCCAAACCACGCCACCUGCACCUAUCUUAAAAAAUGGAAAAAAGUAUCGAGGACAAGUAAGUUUUGAUUCUCAGUGCGCAAUGUAUAACGAUUAUGAGAGAUUGCUGAAAUCAGUUAAAAAAGAGACAGUAAACCCAAAAAACGUUGAAAAUUUUGCUAAUUAUGGAUAUUAUAGAAAAAAAUUAUACAACGAAGGCACACCAUAUUCAAUAGCACGUGAGCUAAUACGAUUUCCACUUACUUCAAUACAAAUUAGAUCUCUAACUAAAUUAAAUAAGCCACGACAUCGCAUAACUCCUAAAGGGAUUCGCGAUAAGAAGACUGUCAUCCCUUACGCUCAUACUGUUCACUCUAAGUACCACAACACUUGUAAUAACUGCUUUCCUAAUUCAAACCAUUCUUUCGAUUUAAAUGAUAUAGCUAGUAAAGAUGUAAAAAACAAGGCGAUUCUAUGUGAGAGAACACCCUCAAUAAGACUGCCGAAGCGAGUGCUGACUUCGGAGAGAUAUAUCGAUGCUUUCAUGGAUAAACGAACGUCAAAAACGUCCAUGAUUUCGGCCUUCAAAAAAUUAUAUACACAUAAAGAAAAUUGUAGGGGAUCC